AUGUGGACAGACCUUUCAUUCAGAUCAAUAGACACUGCCAUAUCGACACUAGGCUUGACAAGGGGAGGCAACAAAUCAUACAAAAAACUAUGGUGGUGGAAUGAAGAAUUGACAAGACAAAUUACGAUAAAUCCAAGAAUAUCUACAAAGGCAGUGGCUAGGGCCAAAGCUAUGGCAUACGAUGACAUGUAUGAAGAAGUACAAGAAGGGCAAUAUAAAAUAUACAGAUUAGCCAAACAGCGAGAAAAGAAUUCUAGAGAUAUUAACGGAGCUCCGAAACAUAUGAAAAACAACAAAGCUAGCGGUCCAGAUGAUAUUCCAAUAGAAAUCCUUAAAGAACUAGGAGAUGAUUGCAUAAAUCUCUACAAUAAAAUAUUGGGAAAUUAA